GCGUCGCCUCUGCGCCCAGGAGGCGUGGAGCAGGGACUCCGGAGGCAGCUGAGCGCGCUGCGGCCCGGCUCCCGCCGCACGGCCGGGAGGGAGGGGCCGCAGGGGGCAGGCAGUGCCAGACGCCGAGCGCCCGGCUCGCCGCGGCUCAGUCUCGUCGCGAGGCCAGCCCCGGCUACCAGAGAGAGCCGUAGCCCGGGCCUCGGAGCGGCGAGGCGGAGGGCCAGAGGAGGCGGCGGACCGGUGCGGCGGGCCGCGCUCUGCCCCGGGCUUGUGAGAGUCCUCCGAACCGAUCCCGCAUAAAUGAUGAAAACUUCUUGUGAAACCUGAGACUCCCUGACUGUGGAAGUGCCCCACAAGUACCGUUAACCAUAAAAGUAAAGUAUGACAAACAUCUGGGUGAAUUUAAAGUUUUGAAGACCACCACAUCCAUCAGAAGACCCAGGAUGGAUCUGCAGCAAAGCACCACUGUCACUCUGCUUGAGAAAUGGUGUUCUGAUGAAUCACCAUCUGGCUACAGGAGACAUUAUAAUGUCAGGAAAAAACUAAAGUUAAUUCGAAUCAUUGGCCUCCUCAUGGGCCUGGUGGCCAUUAGCACUGUCCCAUUUUCAAUCAGUGCCUUUUCUGAGACAGACAUACAGAGCACAGGGGAACCCAGUGUUGUCAGUGGCCCUAGGGUAGCACACGGUUACCCUCAAAGAACUCUCUUAGAUUUAAAUGACAAGAUUCGGGAUUACACUCCACAGCCACCUCUUUCUCAGGAAGACACAUCUGAGAAUAGCACAGAAGAGGCCCAAGGAGACUACCCGAGAGACAUCUUCUCCCUUGAGGAGCGGAGAAGAGGCGCCAUCAUCCUCCACAUCAUAGGAAUGAUCUACAUGUUUGUAGCCUUAGCCAUUGUCUGUGAUGAGUUCUUUGUUCCUUCUUUGACCGUCAUCACCGAAAAACUGGGCAUCUCCGAUGAUGUGGCCGGAGCCACUUUUAUGGCUGCAGGAGGGUCUGCCCCAGAACUUUUCACGUCUCUCAUAGGGGUAUUCAUUGCUCACAGCAAUGUUGGCAUAGGCACAAUCGUAGGUUCAGCAGUGUUCAAUAUCCUCUUCGUUAUUGGCAUGUGUGCUCUGUUUUCUAGAGAAAUCCUAAACCUGACAUGGUGGCCACUCUUCCGGGAUGUGUCCUUCUACAUCGUUGACCUGAUCAUGCUGAUUAUAUUUUUUCUGGAUAAUUUUAUCAUGUGGUGGGAAAGCUUGCUCCUCUUGACAGCUUAUUUUGGCUAUGUGGUUUUCAUGAAAUUCAACGUCCAAGUGGAAAGAUGGGUGAAGCAAACGAUAAAUCGCAAUAAAGUCGUCAAGGUGACAGCACCAGAGGUCCAAGCAAAGUCAUCUACAGCCAGGGACAAGGAUGAACCAACUCUACCGGCUAAGCCGCGCCUACAGCGAGGCGGAAGUUCUGCUUCCCUCCACAACAGUCUCAUGAGGAAUAGCAUCUUUCAGCUCAUGAUACACACCCUUGACCCACUCGCCGAAGAACUUGGAUCAUAUGGAAAACUAAAAUAUUAUGACACAAUGACUGAAGAAGGGAGGUUCAGAGAAAAGGCCUCAAUUCUCCACAAGAUCGCCAAGAAGAAAUGCCAAGUGGAUGAGAACGAGAGGCAGAAUGGGGCUGCCAAUCACGUGGAAAAAAUCGAACUUCCAAAUAGCACAAGCACAGAAGUUGAAAUGACACCAUCCAGCGAUGGUUCGGAACCUGUACAAAACGGAAAUCUCUCCCACAGCAUUGAAGCUGCAGAAGCCCAGCAGACCACGGAGACAUCUGAGGAGGAGGAGGACCAGCCCCUGAGCCUGGCCUGGCCUUCCAACACCCGCAAACAGGUCACCUUCCUGAUCGUCUUCCCCAUCGUGUUUCCACUCUGGAUCACCUUACCUGAUGUUCGCAAACCUUCAUCGAGGAAGUUUUUUCCCAUCACAUUCUUUGGCUCCAUCACCUGGAUCGCAGUAUUCUCUUAUUUGAUGGUCUGGUGGGCACAUCAGGUUGGAGAGACCAUUGGCAUUAGUGAAGAGAUUAUGGGUCUGACCAUCCUGGCUGCUGGGACCUCCAUCCCUGAUCUUAUCACCAGUGUCAUAGUGGCUCGGAAGGGGCUAGGAGACAUGGCUGUGUCCAGCUCUGUUGGAAGUAACAUUUUUGACAUCACCGUAGGGCUCCCACUGCCCUGGCUCCUGUACUCCGUCAUUCACAGAUUCCAGCCCGUGGUUGUCAGCAGCAAUGGCCUCUUCUGCGCCAUUGUCCUCCUCUUCAUCAUGCUGCUCUUCGUCAUUCUCUCCAUUGCCCUCUGCAAAUGGCGGAUGAACAAAGUGCUGGGCUUCAUCAUGUUCGGCCUCUACUUCGUGUUCCUGGUGAUCAGCGUCCUCCUAGAAGACAGGAUUCUUAUGUGCCCCGUCUCCAUCUAGCGGAAAAGCCAUAUCUUGAACCAACAGUGUGGAUGGUCCCUUCCUGCUCUGGGCUCUAGGCUCCUUGGCCUCUUGAGAAGAGGCAGCUGGUACACAGCCCCGGCCAAGUGUCCCUCCUUGGUGGAUUGGAGGAGGGAUGGAUUCACCCGGGACCCUUCAUUUCACAGGCUCUUCAGCCUUGCCUACUGAAAUGAGUCCACGUAAGAGACAAAAAGAAACGUGAACACGGGGCUUCCCUCCAUUCACCACUGACAGGUACUCCUCGCUGGUCGGAGGUACAUUCAUUGUAAGGAAGCAAACAAGGACAGAGGCUAUAUAUACACCUAUAAAGUAUACAUAUUAUAAAUAUACAUACACGAGCACACAAAUCCUGCCUGUUCCUGUAUUAUUCCUCUCUUUCCAUACCUAUAGAUUAAUACAUAACUGUACACAAACACAAAGAAAGAAAAAUUAUAUAUAUAUAUGUAAAGUCAUAUAUAUAUAUAUUUAUAUAUGUAAGUACAAAUGCAUCUUUUCAGGGAUAGCUCUAGUAUAUUUAUAGUACCUUUUUGAAGAGGGGCAUCAACCUUCAACCUUCAGUCUGGACUUUACCUCUUAAGUGCAAGAGGUGAUCUAAUGGAAUCCAUAGACAAAGGUGGUAUUGCUGUCACCUUCAGCCUACAUUGGAAUUACUGGGAUUCUGCCUAAUAAGGUGGGUGGUUUAAGAAAAUUAUAGGGAGGAGGGCUUAGUAGAGAGUCUAAAGGAGCCCUGAGUUGAGCCCUCCAAACCGUUUGCACUAACUAAUCAUACAGGGAAGACUGUCUGCCUACUCAUACCAAGGCACACUUAAGACAGACAGAGGUAAAACCAAGAUUGGGUGAAUAUUGGUUUAGGGACAGGAGGGAGGUGACUAGGGUUGGGUUGGGUUUUUUUUUGUUGUUGUUUCCUUAUAUUGCCCCAGCAUGCAAGUAGAAAAUAUGACUGCAGACCAAAUUAGUGCUUUUUCUAGGACAGCAAAACUAUAUAAACUGAACUUAUAUUGUUCCAAUGCAUGUCCCAUUAUCAUUGAAAGAAGGAGGGCAGUUUUAGCUGUGAUUACCAUUUAGACAUAUUUUGAUGCUAAGGGCUCACAUAUAAGUCAAACACCUGCCAGGAGAGCCUCCAUGUGUGAUAAGAAACACCAUCCAGUCGAGGUGCUUAGCGGCACUUGCCACCUAAUGGGAAUGUAAGGGCAUCAUGGCUCCUUAAAUCAUUGUCCAAUGUGAUCAUAAAGGGCUUCAGUGUCUAAGAAUCCUUAUUCCCAAAAGAUCUAAAUCAACUCUGAUCAACACUGCUUGGAUGGAGGCAGCUUAGAGAUGUUCGCAAAGGCAUUUGCACACUUGGUGCACCCCAGGUAGUUUUCUGGGUCCUAUUUCAAGGAUUUGGUUAAAGCCUGUGCAAUGUCUAUAUCUCUCCUCCCAUAAGCACCCCAGCUGGAACUUUUUCUGGUUUUUAAAGUACACUGAAGGCUAUAUCUCACAGCUUCUUUGUGCUGGCUUCAAGUCAGUCACCUCAAGUUUUUAUUUCUCGAUUUUGCUCAACUUUACAUGGAACUUUUUCAUUCUGUUCAUUCAGUGCCCCCAAGUUCUGUUUGCCACCUUGUAUGAUUUCUCAGGUCUAUUUCAGUAGAAAAUAAGACUCAUGGGGGAAGGGGGGAUAAACUAAAUUGGUGAAAAAAUAUGUAGAACUUUUCAUUUACCCAAGUCAUGAUUUCUUAAAGUCAUUUGCAAAAGCAAAUAGAGGAUGGUCCAUUAUUCUGUGCCCAGCCUUCAUCUAAGUCAGCACACAUCACACAUGGGGCUCCUUGCCUCAUGCGUCCAUGUCUUCAGUCUGUGGUGUGCCUGAGGCUUGCUGUGAUUGUGUUGUGAGCACACACCUCUUAACAUAGGAAGACAGGAUGUGGAACACACCGCUGUACAUAAAUGUCAAGUGACCUGACAGCCGAGGUCAAGGUCAGUCCUCCCUCCCCCAAAACCUCAGCUCACUCCGCAGAGCAACAGCAGGCAGCACCCAUCAUCACGGCUUUGCCCCCACAAGCAAAAAGUACUAAAAAGUGAAGGCCCCCUGAGAAAACAAGAAAUCAAGACAACUGCUCCCCAAGAGGCUAGUUUUCAAGUCUUUUCAGCUUUGCAAAGUGGAGUUUUCAAAUGUGUGGAGGAAACCUGCAUCUUGUUCGUCAAGGGCAGGACUUGGUACUUAGACUGAAAGAGAAUGAGGAAGUAAACUUUUCUUGUGUGUUACUAGAAGGGAACACAGGUGGCUGUUGUAUGAAUUCUGUAUUAUUGGCCAGUUCGUUGUUUGAAAGGUUUAAAUAGGUGACCUUGACAAAACUGCAGGUAGACUAUGCAAAAUAAGAAAGAUCACGGGAGGUUGGAGCAGCCCUGCUCUUAUUCCAGCACUUUCUGCUGCUCCCCUGCCUCCUCACCUCUUCCCAUUCAUUCCUAGCUCACAGUGAAGACUCAUCCAAACAACCAGGAAACACUUCACAGAGAGUGUUGUGAUUCAUUGGUUUGUUUGUGUUUGUUUUGUUUUUGUCUUUUGGGUACCAGGGGAUUGAACUCGGGGGCACUUGACCACUGAACCACCUCCCCAGCACUGUUUUGUAUUUUAUUUAGAGACAGGGUCUC